UAUCGAUAGCAAUGGCGACUUACGAGUGGUACUCCCGUCCCAGAAACUACAAUGGGGAGCGGAAAGCUUGCGCACUUCAAUCUGAACCAACCUUGGACCAUCCAUUAAAACCUGUCACGAUCUCUCAGGUGAAGAAGAUUGGAAGAGGUAGCACUAAUGCUAAGAAACAGUCUCCCAAGCCUUCGCCUGCCCUAGACCCUCUAGCCACCACCAUGGAGGGACUGGAUCCACUCUCUCAGUUUGCUGCUGCUGCUGCAGUCAAGGUUGUUGAUCCAUUAUCUCUUGGGGCAUCACCAAGUCCAGACACGACUGACGCAGGAGGAGCAUUAGCGCAGCAUAAACUUGAUGAUUCAUUUGAGCCUUGGUCCAGCAAGAAAGCCACCAUUCUAAGCAAGUACACCACCUCAGAGAAACUUUCCAUCACUACGAGCUUUCUUUCUGCAGGAGGAAGAGAAAAAGUUACCGUCAAGUCUCAGCCAGCAGCCCAGAGCACAGUCACAGACAAAGUGAAGAACAGACUAGAGCAACUUGAUGAUUUUGAAGAGGGCUCUGUGAAAGAGAUGCUGAACUUGAGCCAACAGGACUACGUUAAUCGAAUUAAUGAGUUGAAUCAAGCUUUGAUUGCAUCGUGGGAUCAGGAUCAGAAAGUGAAAGCACUCAAGAUUGCCAUACAGUGUUCCAAGUUACUUGCAGACACAUCAGUAAUUCAAUUCUACCCCAGCAAGUACGUCCUGAUCACUGACAUACUUGACACCUUCGGUAAGCUUGUGUAUGAUCGCAUCCGGCGUAAGUCAACCUACAUCCCAUCAGGGAGUUCCACUCCUCAGAUGCUUCCAGAGAACUUUGCUCCUCAUCAAGUACCAGACUCUGCUAAAGAGACUUGUCGUAAUUGGUUCUUCAAGAUUGCCUCUAUCAGGGAGCUCAUUCCAAGACUUUACGUAGAGGCUGCCAUUAUGAGUUGCUACAGCUUCUUAACAACUGGUGAGUAUGAGCAGGCCUUACUGAGACUCACAAGCCAAAUGAGAGGAAUUGGAGAUCCAUUGGUCGCUAUCUACGCUAGAGCUUACCUAUGUCGUGUGGGUGUGGCAGUUGCUCCUAAUGUUCGCACACACUUGAUCAAUAACUUUUAUGACUUCCUGUCCUCCUACUCCCAGCUUCAGAGUGACAGUGUUCAGAACAUUCUAGCAAUUCAACGUUUGGAGAUGUCUAGUUACCUGUCUCUGUACUCACCAGCCUUAGAUUGGAUCCUCCAGUGUAUAGCUCAUCAUGCUACAGAGGAUAUCUUGACUGAGAUACUUGGGAAGUGCAAGAAGCAAUGUAACAAUGCCCUAUUGCUAAAUUCCAUCAUGUCAGCUUUCAAACCUGAGUUCAUCGCGAGUAGAGCCUUGGGCUUCACUGACAUAAUCAAGGAAUGUGAGGAGGCUGGAUUCCCUAAGCAUCACCUUUAUCGGUCACUCGGUACUAACCUAGCGAUGGCAGAUCCACCCCAACAACAACGACUUUCUGUUCUGAAUGAAGUCUGGAAGGCAAUCAUGAAACUACGCACGCCAGAGGAUUAUAUCAGCUGUGCUGAGGUUUGGAUUGAGUAUCCAUGCAGACACUUCGGUAAAAAAGAAGUGAAUACAAUCUUGGGUGACAUCAUCAAGCACAUGAAUCCAGAUCGUGCUUUUGAAUCCUUCUAUCCUCAGUUACAAUCUGUGAUGUCCAAAGUUCUGUCACACAUCAAGGACUUCUCAAUCUUGCUUUCCAUGGAUAAGUUUAUGCCGAUGGUAGACAUGUUCCAGCGAGAUGUAGUGAAAGUUGAGUUGUGUCGUUACAUUAUGGAUGCAUUCUGUCGUAACCAAGAAGAAGCAACCAAUGAUCCAGUCAUCAUCAACGCUCUCAUGUUUGUCUGUAAGACGAUGCAUGACUCCAUCAAUGCUCUAUCUCUUGAAGAUGAUGUCAGAGACAUCGGAAGACUUCUCUCCGGAUUCAUCAGAAAGAUCUUCUUUGGACGUGACUUUGAGCAGCAGCUGAGUUUCUAUGUGGAGUGUCGAGCCAACUUCAGUAACAUUGACAGCGUUCUUGUCACACUCGUUCAGUGUGUGAAUCAGCUAGCUGCAGAGACCCGUACCGUCAUGAAGGGGAACCACUCCAGGAAGACUGCUGCCUUUGUCAGGGCAUGUGCUGCAUAUUGCUUCAUCACCAUCCCUUCAAUCGCAGAUAUCUUCCAUCGGCUCAACUUAUACCUACUCUCUGGUCAGGUGGCCAUGCUGAACCUAGCACUUACCCAAGCCGAUGCCUUCUUUAAGGGUGCCAUCAGCUUGAUGCCAGAUGUUCCUAAGUCUAUGGUGAUUGAUAAGAAGACAAGAUCCACCGAGCCGUUCAUCUUGAGUUACCUCAACAGCUUCCUGUGUACCCUCCUCGUUGUACCAGAUAACCCAGACUAUGGAGUGCUAUAUUUGGUUCGAGGUCUUCUGAAUGUUAUACAGGAUUAUGUCUGGGAUGUAGACACGGAUGCUAAAGCCACAGUGUUCCUGAAUGUGCUAUGUUUGCUGUCAGCUUGUAGCCAGGAACAGUUUAUCUAUCACAUCAAGAACGUUGACUCAAAUGAUGUUCUUUAUGGCAGUGACAAGAAGUUCCUGACAGAAGUUUCAACUGUUUGUGGGACUCUGAUCACCUCCAUACUAGAACACUGCAAAGCACUGGGACAGUCACAGGCUGGACAGAAGAGGCAGUCUCAACUCGCUUUAGACUUCUUCAACCGUAUCUUGAUCCACGGAGAUAUAUCUCAAGCUGAGAUUUCCUCAUUAGCACUAAACCUCUGGAAUCUAGCCCAGAAACAUGGACACACCGACACCAAACAAAUGGUGCGAACUCUAGAGUAUGUCAAAGGCAAAGGAAGUCAGGCUGGAGGUAAAGUCUACAAAGAACUGGCAUCAUCAAUGCCCCUGCAGUCAAGGACAUAAAUACUGCUAGAGAAAGAGUCUAGCAAGAUAAAAUUAGACUUGAAGAGACACUAGCAUGAAUUGAGUACUUGAAGAGUUGCACUUAGAUCAUGUACAGUCACCAUGCCUUGCUAACCAUUAUAACAAAAUUAUGUUUUGAAAACACACAUUUUUAGAAACAUCGGCUGUACAAAGAAUUUCUUCCCCCAUCCAAUACUGACAUACCCCCAUACUGUCUCAUACAAUGUAAUUAGAAGAACACUAACUAAGAAAUGAAGAAUAGUUAACUAAGGAUACCUCUGGUUAAUAAUCAUAUUUUAAAAAGUUAUCAAUUUCAGUUUGGCUGGCAAAAGUCAACUGGUUGUUGUGAAAAUAUACACUUGAAAGAAUAGUCAAUGGAUUCGCACGAAUAUAAAGACACGGUAACGCCACCCCGCCCCCCCCCCCCCCAAAAAAAGAAAAUUUUCUUUGAUUCUAUUGUACAGAAUUCCCUUUGCUGGUGACAACUUAAAAUCACCAUUUAACAUUAUUUAGAUUGUAAGUAAAUAUAAACAAUACUAAAAAAAAAUGUAUAAAUGAUGUCAAAAUAAUUAUAUUUUUAUAAAUGAAGAAUCAGUCUCAUAAUGGAUAAGAUAGUUCAAAACUGGGGAAGACAACAUGGUUUUUGGAAAGCGAAGGAAGCAACAAAGAAGCAUAGUUAUUAAUAACACUGUUUACUUUUGACCAAUACAAGUAAAUUAAAAUCUAGUGUGUCAUUAGGUGACAUCCGACAGAUAUUCCAUUGGUUUGUAUUAUUUUGGGCUAGAAUGAAUGAAGGUACUUCAUUGUUCUCAGAAUAAUGACCAGUUACCUGGUCUGCUGCCCUCAGUCGUCACCAAAAGUGUUCUAUUUGUGUAAUUAUUUGACAGUCUUAACAAAUAUAAUGUAUUACUUUCAAAUAUGAUUCAUCUGUUUUUGGUUUGCAUUGCUCUAAGUAUUUUUAACCAGUUCUGUCUAAAAUACUCAAAGUUUAAAGCGGCCUUUAAAAAUAUUGUCUUUGUGAGUAGAACCGGGCAGAAUACUGGUCGAAAAGUGGAGAAGACCAAAAAGGAUCUUGGAAAAACCAAGCGUUUCCCAAAAGAACCAAUCGGAAAUCGUUUUGGGCCAUAACUGCCCUAAGAGGGCGCCGUUUAUCACAAUCUUUAGAACAUUAUCUGAACCAAAAUAAUUUGAUCUAAACACUUGCUUUUUAUUCGGCAAACCUUUAUUAUUAUUUUUUUUUAAAGGCUUAGAGUUGCAAACCAUUUUUCGUAUGUUCAUUCAUUUAAGAAAAUGGAAUGUAUCUUUCAAAUAAAGCAAA